AUGGAAACUUAUCUCGGGCACCCUACGGAGACCGAGUGGGAACUGCCGCUUCCGUCAAGCACAGUCUGUGUCGAAGGAAAGGCAGGAGGAGGCGGGUGCGGGAGGAACUUCAAAGCCCAGCGGGCCCUGCGCGAACAACGCCUGCGCGGUGAGAGGACGGGGGGGCGGUCGGGCCAUUUAAAUGUGUGUGUGGGUGAAAUGGCUGCGCAGGUCGGAGCGGUGCGCGUAGUGCGGGCGGUGGCGGCGCCCGAGGAGCCGGACAAAGGGGGGAAGGAGAAGCCCCGUGCCGGGGCCUCGCCCCGAGGGACUAAGCGGCAGCGCCGGGCGAGCAGCGGGGGGCCCCGGGAGAAGCGGGGGCGGCCGAGCCAGGAGCCCCCUCCCGCUCCCCCUUACCGGCGGCGUCGCAGCCGCCAACAGCCGGGGCCGCCGCCGCCGCCUCCUGCUGCAGCCUCCACGGUCCCGGGCCCUGCGGAGCCGUUGCUGCUGCCGCCGCCGCCGCCGCCGCCCUCGCUGGCCCCCGCGGGGCCCCCUCUGGCCGCCCCGCUGGCGGCCUCGGCGCUCUUCACCUUCUCGCCGCUGACGGUGAGCGCGGUCGGGCCCAAGCACAAGGGCCACAAGGAGCGCGAGAGGCACCGGCACCAUCACCACCACGGCGUGGACCCGGGCUCGUCGGGCGUCGCCGGCCCCAAGCACAAGGGCAAGCGGGAGAACGGCGACCAGAGCGGCGGGCUGUCUCCGGCCAAAGCUCCCAAGAGAGAAACACCAGAUGAAAAUGGCAAAACCCAGAGGGCUGAUGACUUUGUUAUGAAGAAAAUAAAGAAGAAAAAGAAAAAGAAACAUCGAGAAGAUAUGCGUGGGAGACGCCUUAAAAUGUACAACAAAGAAGUACAGACUGUCUGUGCUGGCCUGACCCGAAUUAACAAGGAGAUUCUGACCCAAGGACAGGUGAAUAACAGUACAGGAGUUAACAAGGAAUCCUUCAGGUAUCUGAAAGAUGAGCAGUUGUGCCGACUGAAUUUGGGCAUGCAAGAAUACCGGGUACCCCAGGGAGUCCAAACACCAUUUAUGACUCACCAGGAGCAUUCUAUUCGUAGCAACUUCUUAAAAACAGGCACUAAAUUUAGUAACUUUAUUCAUGAGGAGCACCAGUCCAAUGGUGGUGCUCUAGUUCUUCAUGCCUACAUGGAUGAACUCUCAUUUUUGUCUCCAAUGGAGAUGGAGAGAUUUUCUGAAGAGUUCCUUACUCUGACAUUCAGUGAAAACGAAAAAAAUGCAGCUUACUAUGCGUUAGCAAUAGUGCAUGGGGCAGCUGCUUAUCUGCCUGACUUCCUGGACUAUUUUGCUUUUAAUUUUCCCAACACUCCAGUGAAAAUGGAAAUUCUGGGCAAGAAAGAUAUUGAAACAACAACCAUUUCAAACUUUCAUACUCAGGUCAACAGGACAUACUGCUGUGGAACCUACCGUGCAGGUCCUAUGAGGCAGAUAAGUCUUGUUGGAGCAGUAGAUGAAGAAGUUGGUGAUUAUUUCCCAGAAUUCCUUGAUAUGUUAGAAGAAUCACCAUUUCUGAAAAUGACUUUGCCCUGGGGCACGCUCUCCAGUCUCCGACUCCAGUGUAGGUCCCAGAGUGAUGAUGGACCUAUAAUGUGGGUGAGGCCAGGAGAACAGAUGAUCCCUACAGCAGAUAUGCCAAAGUCACCCUUCAAAAGACGCCGAUCAAUGAAUGAAAUUAAAAACCUCCAGUACCUACCUCGGACCAGUGAGCCCCGAGAAGUUCUCUUUGAAGAUAGAACGAGAGCCCAUGCCGAUCAUGUAGGUCAGGGGUUUGACUGGCAGAGUACGGCUGCUGUGGGGGUUUUGAAAGCUGUACAGUUUAGUGAAUGGAGUAACCAACCUCGAAUAACCAAAGAUGUGAUUUGUUUUCAUGCUGAGGACUUCACUGAUGUUGUGCAGAGACUUCAGUUAGACCUCCAUGAACCUCCAGUGUCACAGUGUGUUCAGUGGGUGGAUGAAGCUAAACUAAACCAAAUGAGGCGAGAAGGCAUUCGUUAUGCUAGAAUCCAGCUGUGUGAUAAUGAUAUCUACUUCAUCCCAAGAAAUGUCAUUCAUCAGUUUAAAACCGUAUCUGCAGUGUGCAGUUUAGCAUGGCAUAUAAGGCUUAAGCAGUACCACCCUGUUGUGGAAGGCCCUCAGAAUGCUGAAAGUAAUUCCAACAUAGAUUUUGGUAUCACUGGAAAGUCAGAAUCGGAAGCUAACUCUCAGUGUGUGAGUAUAAAAACUGAGUCUGAAGGAACGAGUGCAGAGAUGCAGCUUCUGACAACUGCUUCUUCAUCUUUCUCAACUCCGUCAGGACUUGUACAGCAAGAACAAGGGGCUCAGCUCCUUCCAACUAUAAAGUUGGAACCCGGCCUGGAAUCCGACCAACCACACGAUCCACAGGACCAUCCAAGCACUCCUGUGUGACAUGUACAUAUUCAACACAUUUUUUUAACUUUUUUAAAUUUUGAUGUGAAGUUAUAGUUUUAUAACUGGCUUAAGUUAAGUUUUAUUGGAGAAAUCUUGCCUAUAAUUCUAUAAAGAGAAAUGACAUUCCAAAAAUGUCAAGCAUAUCUUUUUUACACAGAUUAUGCAAAGUUAAGAGUUGUAUCUUAUCCCGUUAGUACAGUAUGUAAUAGUGGGUCUGCUGCUACUUUCUGUUUUAAGGUGUGAGGUAACAGUUCAGUUGCUCUUCAAAUCAAAAUAGGAACUCCCUGGAGUUAGAGAUUCUUACUUGGUAAAUCGAUCACUCCCUUGUUUCAUCUUGUCUCUUGCCAUAUUUGCUUCUUUUACAAAAUGAGAUCUAUCGCUUAGUGCCUGUGUCCUUUACUGCACAGGUACAAUUUCUGCAGGAAAGAUGGCAUUAGCUGUAGGACGGGGUUCCUGCAUCCUGUCCCAUGGCAAGUGUGUGGCAUUUAGUUCCAACUACAAAGAACAAGUGACUUCUGUGGACGUUUAGGUGACUCUCCAGUUUCUUAGUGAAAGAGAAAGCACAGCACUUUUAAUGAUCACAAUGUCUUCUUUGUAUCUGUUCUUGAGAGCCCAGAGGAGAACUUCAGUAAAUCUACAAACGAGUAGUCCCUAGUCAUUAUCUUUGGCUCAUUAAUCGAGAGUUCAAGAUCAACUAUAGAAGAUGUUCUAGUUAAAAAUGUAGAGUUGAUAUGAUAACUGUGAUGCUCUGCCCAACACCUUCGUCAUUGGUGUGGAUACUUUGCUUCCUAAACUCAUCAGUAGUCUCAAAAUUAGAACUGCUCUCCAUUCUACUGAUGAGGCUGCCAUAUUUUGAGCAUCAACUUUGGGUAAGACUCUGCUUGACUUGUCAGCUGGCUUCAAUCUCUUCAUGAUAAAAAUCUAGUAUUACUAAUGCACUUAAACUCACAAUUGUAACUGGUGCAUACCUGAGUUUAUUCACUGUUAAUUGUGUUGCUACUUCCUAGUAUGGAAUAGUUGCACUAGACUUUUCACCCUAGAGUUUCAGGUAGCCUGAUGCGAUAGUGCCUGGAUGCUUUUAUUUUUAUUUUUAAAACGGGCACAGUUCAUCUAGUUAAUGUAGUCUAAACAUUUUGUUAUUUGAGAAUGUUAAUGUGAUGUGCAUCUCACUUUCUCUUAGUUCUUAAUUAUGCCAGUAGGCCUUCUGUUUAUUAGAAGAGUCUCCCCUACAUAAGACCAGAUUGGCAUAUCAACUUGGUUAUGGUGCAAUUUGGAGUUUGGUUCUUUACCUUUCUGGAAUAGGUGAGAUUUGGAAAACUUAUGUUAACAUAGGCAAAAAAGAUGCAGCUUCAUUAUGUCUGUCACCAUGGAAACUCAGCUGUAUCUUUUGAAAUAUCAAUUAUGAAUUUUCUCUAAAAGUUUCUGAAAUAGGUUAAAUCUGUUAUAUAAAUAUUACUUUGUGCAAUAUUGUUGUGUAGUUAUAUGCAUAUUAGCACAGUAUAGGGGUCACUGUUUAAACUGAUAGAAAAGUAACCAUCAGAAAAUACUGCAGUGAUUAGUUAGAAUCUGUAUUAUUCCUUAUAUAUAUAUAUGUAUAUGUAUGUAUUCUUUGUUACAAAGAAUGAAGACAAAUAGAGAAACAUUUCAAUUUAAACCAUUUACAAAUUGGAAGUGAUGGUGAAUGUUCAGUAAUCUGUGUAAAUAAGGUGUUAGAGUGGAAAGCUUUUAUGAAAGGUAAUGUGAUUCAUGCAGGGGUGUUUUUAAAUCUUGGGUAAAAAUUCUAGGGUAAAAAUUCUAGUUCAUCAAGGCUAGUUUAGCGAUCUGCCCUGAGUUUUUGGCUUUUAUCACUUUUUUUUUUGUCCAGAAGAAUUUCAUAGAGCUUUACCAGGCUGUGCAAAGUAAAAUUCUUCUCAGGCAACAUUUUGCUUCAGUGCAGUUUUGAUAUUUAUAAGAAUCAUGAAGAGCAAGGUUAUUAACAGGAAUAUUGUUUUUUUGAUUCCUCUUCAUUCACUUUUGUCUUCCAAGAUCCCAUCUCCCCCAUCUCCUACUUGCCAUCCAGCAGAUGCCAUUUGUCAUCUAAGCUGGUCAUUGCUAACAAACAAGGAGACUGUCUCCUGACAGCCAGCACUGUGUAUAUUUACUCAGGAACCAGCAAAUCUGCAAAGACUUUACAAUCAAAAGCAGAACUCCAUUUUUUAUUGUUUAAAGCAUUUACCCUCACCUCCAAUAUAAACAUUUAAAAAGGUAUAAACCUUUUAGAUCAUGUAGUAAUAAAUUCAUUGUAUUUUAGAAUUGCAGUAGAAUGGGAAGGGGGAAACCAUUUAGCUUGUAAUAUGUAUCUGGAAACUCCUGAAUGUCCUAUGUGAGUAUUAGAUUUAAAUAGCAUGAUUUUAAGAUUGAUGAAUAUAAAAGCAGGCAAGCUUGAGUUUCAUACUGCUUUCAAAGCUGUAUCCUAGGUUAGUGAAAUAAACAAUUGAAACUUUUCUAAAUAAUUAAAUUAUUUGGUUUGGUGGGUUUAGGCGUGGACCACUUCCAUGUCCUUUGAUUUGUAAAAUAGUGAUGGCAAUUUUGAACUUUUAAGUGGAAUUAAGCUGAUCUUCCUCUUCUGUAUAAAUCCAUUGUGCCAACUCUUUUGGAGAUUAUAUCUCUUAUAGAGAGUGUGGGUGUAAGACGUAAAAUUUUUUGGAGCAGAGGGAUGGCAGAAAUGUCCUUGUGUAAAGGGCCUAAUAAAUGAAUAUUCUUAACCCUACUGACUAUAAAGCACCCUUUGACCA